CCGCCGCCGCCGACCUCCCCAUCCUCCCUCCGUCCCCCUCUGUGUCUCGCUCCCGAUCGCCGUCUCCGCCGCCUUCGCUCCGCUCGCAGCAGCCCAACCGCUACAGUCUCCGAUCGCGGCAGCCCAACAAGAAGCCCUCGGGGAGUCGUUCUGGAGGAAUUCGGACGUUCUCCGAUCUGAAUCGCCAGUCUUCGGAUGGCUCUGGUAGUGACUCUGAUUACGAGCCUCAGGAGUACUACACUGGCGGCGAAAAGAGUGGAAUGCUUGUCCAAGAUCCAUCCAAAGUCAAUGAUGUGGAUGCAAUUUUCACUCAUGCUAGACAAGCAGGAGCUGUAGAAAGAUCUCUUGAUGACCGUCACCCAUCAUCAAGCUCAAGAAGCUUUACUGGAACAGGCAGGCUACUUUCAGGGGAGACUCUGUCAUCUGCUCCUCAGCAGCCUGAAGCCAUCACACACAAUAUCAUUUUCUGGAGUAAUGGUUUCACAGUAGAUGAUGGUCCAUUGCGGAGGUUGGAUGAUCCAGAAAAUGCUUCAUUCUUGGAGAGCAUCAGAAAGUCCGAGUGUCCAAAAGAACUUGAGCCAACCAACAGGAAGACUGCAGUUCAUGUCAGUCUGAUGAGGAAAGAAGAAAAUUACCCCAUACCAGAGAAGCAUCAUAUCUCAUUUCAGGGCAUGGGAAGAACUUUAGGCAGCACCAGCAGCGCUGCAUCCACAGAGCCGGCCUUGGCCCCCACCUCCCUUAAUACCGCUCCACCACCAUCAAACGGUUUGGUUGUGGACGACACUUUACCGUCUACCUCAGUUCAGCUCAGGUUAGCAGAUGGUACGCGCAUGGUUUCACGCUUCAACUACCACCAUACCAUCAGAGAUAUCCGUGCCUACAUUGAUGCGUCGAGGCCUGACAGGGUAAGUACCUAUCAGCUGCAGACAGUGGGAUUCCCUCCCAAGCAACUCACCGAUCUAGACCAGUCAAUUGAGCAGGCUGGCCUGGCCAACUCAGUUGUGAUCCAGAAAAUGUAGUAAGUUGCAAAAUUGGUUUGUCAAUAAGAGUCAAAUUGGCUACAUAAGUCUUGGCUGAAGUAAAACUAUUGCUUUUAUUUGAUAGAACACAUAUUACAUGUGUGGAAAUAGCUCUUUACUUCAUAAAUAUAUUUAAAUCAAUUUUUUUUGUUUUGUUUUUCCUCCUUAAA